UCUCCCAGGCAGCAGCUGCGCUUACACAAACAGGGCAUGGCAGUGUGAGGAGAGGCAGGCGGCCAGGGUCGCUCUCACCAACCUAUAUUGUUAUAUGAUGGAAAUAAAUGCCAGAUCCGUCUCCCUCUCCCUCACUGCUCUAAUGUGGAAGGAGCACCUUAAGUGUUAGCCGCGCCCCCCCUGCCGCACAUUGGCUGCCAGCGAAUGCGAGGAAUUGAUUGCCGCGGCCGCUGCUGCUCUAUGCAAAACUUGUUGCUGCUGCUGCUGCUGCUGUGUCGGGCUGGGUGAGCGGCGAGGGGACAGCCGGGACCUCACACUCAAAUCCUCCUGCCGGGGUGAGAGGGGGGGCAGAUCCUGGCUCCGCUUCUGUGCUGAGAAGCCCCGACUGCUUGAUCGCGAACAAAGGGACAAAGCUGAAUACUGAGCUGCCGGCUUGCUGGAUACGGAGGCACCACAAGUGGCUAUAGAGAUCCGGAGCAGUCAGAGCCUUAGGGACAGCAUCUGAGCUCCGGGGACUGCAGGAGCCUGGGCUCCGGGCACGCCGGCACUUUGCGCUGUGUAGUGGAAGCGGGCAGAGAUCCCAGGCGCUGGUGGUUGCAGAUGACACUCAGUAGGGUGACACCAUGCCAGAGGUGGGGGCGCUGAAACUUGCAGCCAGUUGGAGGGGAGCCCACCUACUGAUAAGGCAAUAGGAAGACUUCUUCAUUCACAUUCCCCUUCUGACCCGGGACAGUCCUGCCCAUGUGGAUAUGCGACCCUAGCCAAGGGCAUCGGAUUUGCACGGACUAAGGUAUCUGCAGAACUUUUGUUGAUUUGCCUACUUUGGGCCAAUUGGGGCGAUUUCUUGGAUGUGUUUGUGGUUUGGGGAGAGCGGCUGUUGCAUUGGCUCUUCAUGAGAUCGCAAUAAGAAAAUGUUGACUUGUGAUCUCACAGCCCAGGCCCUAUCAGAUUACAAAAUGUGAGCUCAUCUGAGAGAGCUCCGCACACAACAUCGCUCCACUUCUUCCACUUGUGUUUGUGGCUCCGCACACUGUGCAUGAAUUCCGCCACAGCCCGCACUCCUGCCUGCCACUGCGACAAGCGACUGCGAUAGCACCAGUAGCGGGACGAGCUGCUGCCAUGCCUUAUUGAUCGCUUGGGAAUUAUGUUUGGGCUGGAGCAGUUUGAGCCGCAGAUCAAUAGCAGAAGCGCUGGCCAAGGAGAGAGAAACUUUACUCAGCCCGGGAUGAAUAUGAGCUCACAUUUUAAAAACGCUGCGUUUCAUUCUGCGGGGGCACCGGGCGCUGUGGAUUCUGCCAUGGGAGCGUUGAACGAGCCUUCUAUGUUAGGCAUGAACCUCAAUCUAAACGGAGAGCCUUAUGGCUACCAUGCUAGGGGACAAUCAGACAUCCACCCUGGAGGAAUGCAGCCACAACCUGUCCAUGGGUUCUUUAACAAUCAGCAUAAUCCUCACCAUGGGCACCCCAACUCGCACCAGCAUCACCCUCACUUCAGUGGCAACUUUAAUGGACCUGAUGCCACUGCCUCCUGCUUGCAUGGUGGUCGUUUCAUGGGCUACAACAACAAUAUUGGCAACCAACAAGCCUUUGGUGAGGGCUAUGAGCAGAUAGCAGAGAAUCCAUCAGGAGAGGGAUUUGUACAGCAGAGGUCAGGUAAUAUCUCAGAAUUUCAACACCCCAACUCUACUGCUAGUAACCAUGCUGUCCCCGCACCUUGCCUUCCCCUAGACCAGUCUCCUAACCGGGCUUCUUCUUUUCACGGGCUCCCUACAUCCUCCACCUCUGAUUCUCACAACCAAGAACAAAGGAGAAUUCACAACCAAGGAGGUGUUGAACCUCUGGAAUACAAUUAUCCCAGCGAUAACCCUUCAGGACACUUUGAGGUACCUGUGUUCUCUCCAUCAGAUUCAGAUGGCCAUUAUGGAGCUGGAAGGCAGGUCCCCAGCGGCAGUUUCCCUGGUACAUCUGUGUUACCUAGACCUCCUGGCUUAGUGGGAAUGGGUAAAGUUCACCCACAACAGCAGCAUGGUGUCUUUUUUGAGCGAUUUAACAAUGCACGGAAAAUGUCAGUGGGCAUGGAUCCUGCAGUCAAUGCCAGACAUCCCUUGCUGCAACAACAGCAGACUGGCUUACUUGCAAGGCAAAACUCUUGCCCACCCGCAAUCACCAGGCAACAGCAAACAGAAGCCAAUACCUCCAACCCAAACUUACAGGACAAUGGACCAGUAAUGCAAAGCCAACAUGCACAGUUUGAAUACCCCAUUCAUCGACUUGAGAAUAGGAAUAUGCACCCAUAUUCUGAAUCCGUGUUCAGUAUGCAACAAGCACCUCCACAGCAACCUCCAAAUCAAAGAUUGCAACAUUUUGAUGCUCCCUAUAUGAAUGUUACUAAAAGGCCACGCUUUGACUUCCCAAAUAAUCAUAGCGUGGAUAACUGUGCUGCAUGGAAUAAUAGUAACAUUCACAAUGCUGCCAUUGAGAGUCACCUGUCCCCUUCUACAUACCCUGGUCUUCCAGGUGACUAUAAUCCUCAAGUGCCGGAAAGUUUUCCUCCUGGCCCAGCGCUGCAACACCCUGGUUCAGAUCACCAGUCACUUCAACAACGCCAAAAUGCAGCAAUGAUGAUAAAACAAAUGGCUUCCCGAAAUCAGCAACAGAGAAUGAGACAGGCCAAUAUACAGCAAUUGGGCCAUCAUGGGGAUGUCAAUCAAAGCAGCAUUGUACAUGGAGGUCAAGUGGGUGGUAUGCAGCAACCAAACUUUGAUCGUGAGGGAGGUAGGAUUGGUACUUUUGACCCUCAAAAUCCACAUGUGGCUCAGGAAAAUGCUUGGUUUCCUGGCCCUCACCCACCUGGAGAUAUUCUUCAAAGGAGAAUGGGUGGCUCAAAUCUGCCCGCUGACCCUUCAUCCCAUGAUAUGAAUUUACAACAAAAUGGGUCAAAUUUAUUAUUUAGACCAGGUGUAAAUAGGAUGGGCAUUCAGGAACCUCUGGGAAUUCCAGGGGAAGGACAUGUUCAGGCCUUGCAUUCACCUGGUAUGCACUCUCAGUUUGGAAGCAAUAUGGCUAACCUUUCCCAAAUGCAGUCACCAGGAGGAGGUGUAGGGCUUUCUAGUACACCAGCAGAUAGAAGGGGCCCUGCUGACUUUACAGCUCCAUCCAUAGGUGGGCAGGCAGGCUUUCCAUUUGUAGGUUCAAACAGACAGUCAACCCCACACAAUCCACCAGGUGUAAACUCAUCCCCAAGUUCCUACCCACCACAGUCUGAUUUUCAAGCUAACCAGCGCUCUGCAGCAAGUAAACUUGGAGCGCUAUCUCUUGGUUCAUUUAGCAAGUCCAGUGCGAAAGAAAGUAUGUUUGGGCAAAGCUGUUUAGCUGCACUUUCUACAGCCUGUCAGAAUAUGAUUGCUAGCUUGGGUGCUCCUAACCUCAAUGUAACAUUUAAUAAAAAAAGCCAAACUGAGGGAAAGAGAAAGUUGAGCCAGACAGAAACAGACAUUAACAGUAAUUCUGGCAAUAACAAUGGUUCUGAUUAUUUUCCAGGGGCCACCUCACAAAGCAAUCAAGUGUCUGGUUCUUCCAAUGCCAACAAUAAGUCUACAGGGCAGGUAGGAGCAUCUCAACCCACACAGGGAGAAACUAGUCUUUCCCCAAACUACAACAUUGAAGUGACUCCAGGCAAUGAUGGAAAACCAGUGACAGCUGGUGGGAGGGGAAGGGGCAGGAGAAAAAGAGACAGUGGGCAUGUAAGUCCAGGUAAUUACUUUGAAAAAUUCUCUGCAGACAGUGGAGGUGCUGUUGUAAGCCCAGGGCAGCAGGGUCCAUCAGCAAAUUCAGGGGAAUCUGGGGGUGCUCCACAUGACAAACCUCUGACUUCACCAUCUUGGGGCAAGGGAGGUGAGCUGCUUCUUGGUGACCAGCCUGAUCUUAUGUCAUCUUUGGAUAGUGGCAUUCAAAGUGUGACCAAAUCAGACAGUAGCUCACCUGAUGUUGAUUUUGGGGAAGAUGUCAACACCACUUAUGGGAAUGAAGACGAAGUUUCCUCUAGUUCAGAUAACAACAUAGCAAAACCCAAUAGCUGUCCUAUGGUAACAGGGUCCCCUAAAAUUCAGCGAGGUGAACAUGGACUUCUUAAUGGACAAAAGUCAAUGGGUCUAAACUUGUUAAAUAACACUACCUCUCUCCCAGACAGUUAUGGAUUGAGUAGCACUGGGGGUGGUCACCCUGGCACACCAGGGAUGGAACAGGUUCGAACUCCAACUAGCACAUCAACACAGGAUGAAAUCCACCCUUUAGAGAUACUCCAAGCACAGAUACAGCUUCAGAGACAACAGUUCAGCAUUUCUGAAGACCAGCCCUUGGGAAUGAAAAAUAAAAAAAAUGACUGUACUGCUCAAAGUGUGGACAGUGAAUUGAACAGUUGUUGCUCUGACAAUGUUAAAAACUCUAUGAGUACUAUAGACCUUGACUCUCUCAUGGCAGAGCAUAAUUCUACAUGGUACAUGCCUAAUGAGAAAUCAUUGAUGGAGGGAGAUGAAGAAGACAAAUCUAUCACACCUUGGGAAAAAUCAAAGAGCCAACAAACCAACAAAGAAGCUCAGUGGUCCCUAAACUGUGGGGCUCUCCCCCUGGGGGGCUUGGAACAGUGGGAAGGGGGGCUCAGCCUGAAGGCCAUUUAGGUUGAGAAUUGCCAUUUACUCUUCUAGAUACACCAGCCUUAAGCCCUUGAUCUUCCCCAGAACAAGACCUCAGCAGCGGCACAAAAUGGAAGCCAUUUACAAUGCCUCUCCGUUCAUUGCACAG